AUGACGAUUCAUUCAAAGGAUGAGAAUUAAAUGAAAAUUAGGAUUUUAAUCACGAGAGAUGAUGAGGAAUUCAAAAUAUAUGAAUAUGAUGACUUCAAUGAAAAAGAAAAUUUCAGCUAAAGAUUAUUUGAAAGCUCAAGUUACAUCUUUGAAUGGCCGUAUUUAUGUUAUCUUCAGGGUUAACAUCAUAUCAUAUUUCAAAACAUAUACAAUACUAAAAAGGCUUUCUGCAUUGAGUUUAAAGAUAAAGAUUAAAAGGAUAAAGGUGAAAUUACUAAUAUCUUCAUCUCCUAACAACAUCUAUUGUACUAUGUAGUUUAGACUGAAACAAAAUAUCAGGUAUUUGAAACUGAUCUUGAUUUAUGCAAAUCUCUAGUAUUUGAAUAAAAUGAUUUUUCAUCAAGAGAAUCUAUAAAUCAGUUUGGAUAUGGAUCUACAUAAAAAUUAACUUCAGCUCAAGAUAGAAAUUUGCCUAUAGCAAUCAUUACAAAAGAAGACCUUAAUAAAAAAAGCAUAUUCUAGAUUUUCGUGAGAAGCCCUUCAUACAAAGAGGAAAUCUAUACAAAUAAAGAAAGAAUCAUAUUAAUCUUAAGUGAUUUCAAAAUUUACAAGAAAACUUCAAAUAAAGUCAUAGUUGUUGAUACAUGCCAUAAAAUUAGAGAAGUAAACUAAAAUAUAAUAGCGUACAACACUGUAGAUGAGCACUAAAGACAGACAAAUAUUAUUAAAAUUAUAAAGUUUGGGCAUUCUUCUGCAAAAUCCUACUAAUUUCAUGAAGAAUUUGACGGUAGACUGAUUAACUUUUUGGUAUAGGAAGGUAAGCUACUUACUCUGGUGAGACCUGACAAUAGUGAUAAAUAUCUUAUUAAGAUUUACAAAACUGAUGAUGAAUUAAAAUGCAAACUUAAAUAUCUAAUUCCAACAAAAGAUAAUACUUUGAUUGGAAAUUUACAAACUGUUACUUAUUUUUAAGGAUCAAUGAUUCCUGCUAACAAUGAUCUUUAUAAUAUCAUUUUUGAUAAAGAAAAGCCUGAAAUUCAUCACUAUAAAAAUGUAAUUAUAAAUUCAAAUGAAUAAUAAGUAGCAUUUUAUAAAAAAUAAAAAGAUAUAAUGACACUAGCAAUAAGUCCAGAUGGUUAAAAAUACCUUUAAAAAUUUAUUGAUGAUGAAAGUUCUGACAAAUACAUUAUAGUCGAGUUAGUAAAAGUGCCCAAGAAAGAAUUAAUAAAAAUGGAUACAAUGCCAAAUAUACCAGAGGAGAGAUUAAUAUCAAAAAGUGAAACAAUUUAAAAUUAGAAAAACAACGUUGAUAAUUUUGAUACUCCUAAAUUACAUCCACAAGAAUAAAUUGAUUUUAGCUCUUUAAAUAUUCUUAUAAAAUCUGGAAAAAUGUAGGAAAAAGAGUAAAUUACUUUAGACUAAUUGUUGAAAUAAUACAAAAAAUAAAAAUAAAAAAUAAUAUGCAAAAUGAAUAACAACUAUGAUAUUUUGAUUGGAAUCCUUUAAUAAAAUAACUCUACUCAAAAUAAGGAAAAGUAAUAAUUGAAAGAGGUAUUUUUGAUUAAGGGACUAAAAGAUAAAAAUGCGAAAUUAUAUCAAAUCAUAUUGUAAAAAGACAAUGAUCAACAGAAAUUUCAUUAUAAUCAGUAGUUUAUACAAGGUGACAAAGAUAUAAACAUCAAGUAAAAUGAUCAAAAUUAUGGUACCCUAAAAUAAUCAUAUGAUAUUUUACUAACAAAUGAGAAAGUUAUCAUGUGGAGUAAAAAUUAAAUAUUUUAUGGAGAUUUCAGCUAAUUAUAAAAUGAGGAGACUAUAAUAUUGUCAAAAACUGGUUUUGAAAUUGAUGAAUUAGAUUAGCAAUCAUUUAUUCAGUAAGUUUACGCAGUAGGGGAGACCAAAUAUUUUGUAAAAAGGCAAGAAGAUAAUAAAGAGUUUAUAAAAGAAAAAAAAUAUUAUUUCAUAUUUAUCAAACUAGUUGUGGACUAAAAGUAAGGAAAUGUCAUCAAAUAUAACUUAUUAAAGGAAAAAGAAAAUACAUCUUUUGAUUGCGCAAUAAAAUCCUAAAUAUUCUUUGAUCUCAGUAAUCAAGGACAUAUUCUCGAUAAUGAAUCAAUAAUUGAUACAUUUUAGGGCAUUCCUCUCUAUUACUAUAAAACUGGAAUGUAAAAUAUUGAUGAGAAGUCUAUCUUUUAAAAUCAAAUCGUUGCAGGCCCAAGAUUUUCUUAAGAUAAUAAAUUAUUCUUGGUAAAAAAUUAAUUUUACACACCAUACAGCUACUUUACCUUGAUUUAAAUAGAUAGUUAACAUGAUUUGACUCUGAAAAACUAAUAAUUUGAUCCUGAUUCAUUUCAUUUCUUUAAUAAUGAAACAGAACUUCACACUUCGGUUGAAAAUUAUACUUAGUUAGAAUUUUUGUUAAACAAAUAUGAGAAAACUAAUAGUAAUCUUUUAAACUUGCUUUUCGUGUAGGAUAAAAAUGGGAAAAAUGUUCUUUAAAAAGCAAUUGAUGAUCAAAAUAUGAGAUGCAUUAAACUUAUUCUUGAUAAACUUUCACUAGUUUCAUUUAAUAAUGUGCAUGCAAUAAAGUCUAAUUUCAAAUAACUUUUAUAAUAUGAAGGAUUUCAUUCAUACUUGAAACUUUGCUAUUUCAAAACUUCAUAGAUGGAAAAAAGAACUAUUUUUUAAAGGAAAUAGCAUAAAACACUUGAUAAUAUUAUUGAAGCUCAUAAUACUUCUUUUAUGGAUAAGAUUUUCUAUGAAAAAUUUUAAGAUAAAGAAGUAUAAUAAAGAUAGGUGCUUAUUAAAGCCCUAGAUGCUGGAUGGAUGUUAAGAUCUUAUUAUGGAAUAUAAUUUCAAAUCGCUCUAUCAGAAAGUGAAAAUAUGGAAUUCUUUGGGAUUAAUACAGUAUAAUUGCUAGUCAGAUAUUAAUGGAAAUUUAUGAAGAAAAAGAUAAUAUGGAACCUAUUCUUCCCAUUCAUUAUUAAUAUGGUACUCUAUAAUCUAUAUUGCUCUUAUUUCUUUGAGCAUUUAUAAAGUCUUGAUAAUAAAUCUCAAGAUGGAGAUGUUUCUGAUAGUUUUAUAAAUUUAAAUUCAAGUAUUUAUUCAGAAAUAAUUUAGUUUAUCAUCCUUCUUUUCACCAUUUAAACUCUAUAUGUUGAGUACAGACAGAUUAUAUUUCACAAGGCAAAGUAUUUAAAAUCAUUCUGGAAUAUGUUAGAUAUGAUAACAGUAAUAUUAGCUCCUUCUACUGUAAUUAUGGAUUUAAUUCAGUUAAACUCAUAAGUUAUCAGACCAUUCAUGGCUGUUUGCAAUUUAAUAUUUUACAUGAGAUUUUUUUAUUUCUUAAGAAUAUUUGAUUCUUCAGCUCCUAUAGUUAGAACUAUUAACGAGAUUACAAAAAGCAUUAGAUAUUUUAUUUACGUAUUCUUACUGGCCAUAGUUGGAUUUGGUUCUAGUUUUUAAAUUUUAUCUAAUAACAAUGAUAUCGGUAAUUAGGAUGCAAGAUUUGUCGAUAGUUUUAUUGGUGCAUUUAUGCAUUAAUACAGAAUGGCACUUGGGGAUUUUCAGUUAGAUGCCUUUUCAAUACAAUAUAAUGUUACGCUUGUGUAUAUUUUAUUUAUUUUGAGCUCCUUAUUUUCAACUGUCAUUUUACUUAACAUGCUAGUUGCCUUAAUGGGUGAAUCGUAUGAUCGAGUAAAUUCAACAUUAGAGAAUCACAGAGUAAGAGAACAUUUAUAGCUAAUUGUGGAAAAUGAAUUUCUUAUUAAUAGAAAAAAAUAGUAUAAAGAUGUAAAGUAUUUGAUUCAGAUUAAAGAUGACAAUGAAGUAAACAAUGAAGAUGAAUAGAUGUAAAAAUUAGAUAAAUUAUAUGAAAUGAUAAAUGACCUGAAGUAUUAAUUAAAAAUAUAGAAAAAAGAAUCACAGUAAUAAAGGGAUAUACUUAAACAUAAUGAAAUCAAAUCCAAUGAUUUAAAGAGUUAAAUGACUAGAAUAGAGUUUAAUAGCCUUCCAGAAAAGGAGAGGCAUUAGUUAGAUAUAAAUUACGAAGGCCUUAGCCUUGAAUAAAAACUUAGCUAGAAAUUCAGUGAAAACGAGCAUAUUAAAAAUAUAUAUUCAGGCAUUAAAUCCUUAAUGAGAAAUGAUUAAUCAAAACAAAAACAUAUUCUUUGA